GUGAAGCUUGUUUUAUGGGAGAGACAGAUAACUGUGUUUAGUUGUUUGUAGGCAGCGUGUCAGGUUUAAUUAUUUUCUGUGCUUUUACUUUGUUCAUAUAUUUAUUUGGCUGAAAAGUCGUAUACAGUCUUGAGACAGGUGGAAAGCAGAACGUGAAGAGAAAUGAAAAGUAAAGCGACAAAGCCGAGGCGAGUACAGGUUCUGAAGAGGGAAUGUUUUAGCAUCGCAUGAAGGACGUUUCCGAGAUGGAAUCUUUUUUUAUCAAACAGGAGUCCAGCGAGCCGCAAUCCGCACCCUUGAAAUGUGUUGUCUCAGAGGACUGGAGUGUUCAGAUCAAGGAGGAGGUGACAGGAGUGGCUGAUAGUCCUGGGUACAUAACAACAGAGAGCCCUGGAGACGACAAAGGCGAUAUUAAACAAGAGGAAACGUCACAGACCAAUAGCACUGUGAUGCUGGAUGUUAAACCAGAGCAUGGCUCGUAUCCCUGCCCUCACUGCAACUUCUCUUUUACUGGUGCCCAGUAUCUGGAGAAGCACACAAAGAUGGCACACAGAGAAGAAUACGUGAAGAUACUGAGAAACCAGGCCUCUUUGCACAGUAAUGAAUAUAAUAAGAUUUUCAAUGACUUGGAAAGCCUCAAGAAAAACAAGAGGUUGCACUUAGGAGGACCACCCUAUUACUGUAUUGAAUGCGGGAAUAGUUUCAAUCAGUUGGGAACCCUUAAAAUACACCAGCGAAUUCACACAGGAGAAGCCCCUUUCCUGUGUACCGAAUGUGGGAAAAGCUUCAAGGCGUCAGGAGACCUGAAAGUUCACCAGCGAAUUCACACAGGAGAGACGCCGUAUCACUGUGCUGACUGCGGGAAAAGGUUCAGCCAGCUAGGGAGCUUCAGAAGCCACCAGAGGACUCACACAGGAGAAGCUCCGUAUUAUUGUUACGAUUGUGGGAAGAGUUUCAAGCAGCCAGGAAAUCUUAAAAAACACCAGCGAACCCACACAGGAGAGAGGCCGUAUCACUGUAUUCAGUGUGGGAAAGGUUUCAAGCAGUCGGGAGACCUGAAAAUACACCAGAGAAUUCACACAGGCGAGAGCCCGUACUGGUGUGCUGAAUGUGGGAAAAGAUACAAGGCCUCCAGGGAUCUGAAAGUGCACCAGCGCGUUCAUGCCGGAGAGAAACCGUAUCACUGCUGUGAAUGUGGAAAGAACUUCAGUCGGUGUAGGAGCCUUAAACUCCAUCGGCGAAUUCACACUGGAGAAAACCCAUAUGACUGUAGUGAUUGCGGGAAGAGUUUCCGAGUUUACAUGCAACUGAAGAAACGCCAGCGAUGUCACACAGGAGAGACGAAAACCAUAUGACUGCUGUGAAUGUGGGAGCAGCUUUAAGCAGUCCCAACCCCUUAAAGCACACCAGAGGGGGGACACACAAGAAAACGUGUACAUCUGUACUGAACGCGGGAGAAUUUUAAGCAACUAAGAUCCUUUUAAAGGACAUCAGAGAACUCACAAAGGAGAUAAUCUGUAAACAUAUACACUAUAUGGCACUGGUACUCAAUCAUGGUCCUUGAGAUCCAUUCCAGUCCAGGUUAAUAUUCCAAGAAGGUUGUAAAAAAGUUAAUUGAUCCUUCUAAGAGGCAAUUAUCUAAUUUAGGACUCUGGAUUUGGAUGGAUCUCAAGGGCCAGAUUUGAGUACCACUGCUGUAUGGAAUACUUCUGCACCCUAUAAAUAAUUUUAUUUUAAAAAUACACAUGCAUGGAGAAAGUAUUCGGUAUAUGUGACUAGACAUUUAAAAGUGUGUGAAACACUUCAUAUAUUAACGUCUGGUUUCACAGAUCGCAAAUACAAUUGUCUUGGUGCUUAUAUAAGGUGCUAUCUGAGACCCGGGAAAUCUAGUAUGUAGUUAGAGACAGAUUCAUUUAUGGUUUUGUAUUGUUUUAAGUUAAUAUUCUUAUUGGAAACACUAAAAUAAAUUUGUAUUAUUGCACCAAAAACACAAAGCCAUUAGGCAGAAAUCCACUUUAUUCAAAUAAGUGACAAACCAAACUUGCCAUCACAGUAAAUAUUACAACAAA